UUUCCGUCCUCUCAGCACGUGUGUAUACACUGGCGCAGCGACAUGGCAGACUCAGACGAUGACGGCCCGAUACAGCUCUCCUCCGGCGCGCUCGACGCGCUGAAAGAGUUUUACGGCGAGCGCGAUGCGCGCGCGAAGCAGUUUGAGGACUUGAAGACGCAGGCUGAGGACGAGUUUGCGGGGAAGCUGAGCAUGGAGGCGUUUACGGAAGACUGGAAUGCGAGUCAGUUCUGGUACAGCGACGAGACGGCGACGACGCUUGCACGACAACUGCUCGAUGGUGCUACGGACGAUACGCGGAUAGCGGUCGUGUCGGCGCCGAGUACGUUCAUUCAGCUAAAGAACCUGCUCACAUCAGCCGCAUACACGGCAAAGCCCCACCUGACCCUCCUCGAGUAUGACACGCGCUUCAAUGUCUUCAAAGAAUUUGUGCCCUACGACUUCGAAGCGCCGCUCAAGCUGCCCGCCGAGCUGAAAGGUAGCUUCGACGCCAUCAUCGUGGAUCCUCCGUUCUUGAGCGAGGACUGCCAGACAAAAGCCGCCCUGACCGUCCGCUGGCUCUCUCGCUCCUGGAUCCCCGGCUCCGCAGGCGUCAAGCUCAUCGCCUGCACGGGCGAGCGCAUGGAGUCGCUCAUCACGAAGCUGUACGCCAAGGUCGGCGUGCGCACGACGGACUUUGAGGUAAGGCAUGCGAAGGGGCUGAGCAAUGAGUUUCGGUGCUAUGCAAACUUUGAGUGUGGGGAGUGGAAGUGGGCAAAGCAGGAAUGAACGCAGCAGGAUAGGCUGAAGUGCGUACUGUGGUAUGGGGGCGGCGAGAGAGGAAGAUUUGGCGCGAGGUUUGUGAGGGAGAGACAGCGGGACAAGGGUGGGAGUGGGUCGGAUUCCACGCCGGAAGCUGCACCCAGCUCGCUCACGACUUACCACCAACCCAUAAGCAAAAUU